AUGAGCUGGGUUUCCGGUUGGAAAUUAUUUAGUUACUUUAGCGAGCGAAGGCGAAGGCACACUACCAGUAAUCUGGAAUCUCUGCGCCGGGAUAUCGAAACGGACGUUCACUUACGGCCAGCGGAGGAUUUAUUACGAAGUUUGCGAACCGAUGCGAAGCACGGUUUAACCACGACCGUUGCACGCGAUCUUUUAAACAAAAACGGGUUGAACGCACUUACGCCGCCUAGAAAGACUUCUGGCGCGCUGAAAUUCUUGCGUAGAUGCUUCGGAGGAUUCUCUCUGUUAAUUUGGGUGGGCGCUUUGCUGUGUUUCUGCAACUAUGUCUUGGAGUACGAGACCUACGGGGAAGCCUCCAAUGAGCACCUGGGUCUGGGUAUCGUGCUGGUGGCCCUGAUUUUGGUCACGGGGAUGUUCAGCCAUUACCAGGAAUCGAAAAGUUCGCGGAUCAUGGAAUCGUUUCAGCAGAUGCUGCCGCAAAAGGCGAAGGUUCUGAGAGACGGUGCGAAGAAGGAGCUCUGCGUCGCCGAAUUAGUCGUCGGGGACAUUGUCCUUUUGGAAACCGGUGACCGCGUACCCGCUGACAUUAGGAUCCUGGAAUGUCAAGGUCUCAAGGUCGACAAUGCCUCGAUUACUGGCGAAUCCAUACCGCUUUUGAGAACUGCCAACGUUCCUUUAACGGACUCCGUCGUCGAAGCUAAAAACUUGGUUUUCUUCUCGACCGAUAUAGUUGAAGGCACCGGAAAAGGAGUCGUAGUUGCUUGCGGCGACCACACCGUGAUGGGACGAGUUGCUAAACUAACGUCUAAAUUGAAGCCAAGACCGACGCCGCUUUCACGCGAGAUUCAUCGUUUCAUGAAAUUGAUAUCGUCCUGGGCGAUAUUCCUCGGUCUCCUUUUUUUCACGUUGUCGAUCGCGAUGGGCUACAAUUGGAUAGAUUCCAUAGUAUUUCUGAUCGGGAUCAUAGUAGCGAACGUGCCGGAAGGACUGAUAGCCACCAUGACAGUCAGCCUGACUCUAACGGCGAAGAGAAUGGCGAAUCAAAAUUGCCUGGUGAAGCAUCUAGAAGCUAUAGAGACGUUAGGAUGCUCGGCUGUUAUUUGCAGCGACAAAACGGGAACGCUCACGCAAAACAAAAUGACGGUUCGACACAUGUGGUACAGCGGUAAAUUGCGAGAAGUAAUGGCCUCCGACACGUGGAAAAAAUACGUCAAAGACCCUGGAUUCAAUAAUUUAGCCAGAGUGGCUAGCCUGUGCAAUCGCGCCGAAUGGGCACCUCUGGCCGAAAACGUGCCACUGCCGCCAUUGCACAAAAGGAAAAUUUUGGGCGACGCUUCCGACGCAGCUUUGCUAAAGUGUAUGGAAGUUCUGGUGAAGGGGGGCGUGGACUCUUACAGGAAAAUCUGCACGAAGGUGUUCGAAAUACCAUUCAAUUCGACGGAUAAGUUCCAGGCGAGCGUUCACGUGUGCCGCAAGAAGCAUUUCGUUUUUUUCAAGGGUGCGCCGGAAAGCGUUUUGGAGCGAUGUUCAACCGUGGCGUUCGGGAACGAGACGAUGGAGCUCAAUGACGAAAUCAAGAACGCUUACACGGAAUCUUGUUAUAUACUUGCGAACAAUGGCGAACGUGUGCUAGGUUUCGCUGAUUUCGAUCUCCCGGUCUCCGCUUUCCCGCCGGGUUUCGACUUUAAAGAGGACCCUCCGAACUUUCCGCUUCAGAAUUUGAGACUGAUCGGGCUGAUCUCGAUGAUGGAUCCUCCGAGGCCAACGGUGCCAGACGCGGUGUAUAAGUGUCGUUGCGCUGGAAUCAAGGUGAUCAUGGUGACUGGUGAUCACCCUGACACGGCAAGAGCGAUCGCAAAAUACGUCGGCAUCAUCACCGAGGAUCUUUUGCACAACGAUAACAAUGGAACGAAACGUUCGAUUGUGGUGACCGGUAUGGAGUUGCGUGAUCUUCAGCAGCCGGAGCUCGACGGUAUUAUAAGAACCUAUCCUGAGAUUGUUUUCGCAAGAACGUCGCCUGUGCAGAAGCUUCAGAUCGUCGAGAGUUGUCAACGAUUGCAUUUGAUCACCGCUGUCACCGGCGACGGUGUCAACGACUCGCCAGCACUGAAGAAGGCCGAUAUUGGCAUUGCUAUGGGCAUUGCAGGAUCGGAUGUGACGAGAGAAGUCGCAGACCUGAUCCUAUUGAACGAUGAUUUUGCCUCGAUAAUUACUGGCAUCGAGGAAGGUCGAAGACUAUUCGACAACUUGAAAUCCAGCAUAGCGUACAUUUUGGCCAGCAAUGUUCCAGAGAUAACGCCUUUCUUGGCAUUCAUCGUUUUUGGGAUUCCUUUGCCAGUAGGCGUGAUUUGUAUAUUGUGCAUAGAUCUAGGCACAGAUAUGUGGCCUGCAGUUUCACUUGCUUACGAGAAGUCUGAAUCGGAUAUCAUGUUCAGAAAGCCUAGAAUACCACACGUGGAUCAUCUCGUGAGUCGUCGAUUGAUCUUCAUGGCUUACGGACAGAUCGGCAUGAUCGAGGCCUGCGCCGGAUUCUUCACAUAUUUCGUUGUAAUGGCGGAACACGGUUUCCUGCCCGGCAAACUGCUAGACCUGCGUUCUUUGUGGGACAGUAUCGUUGUGAACGACCUGCAGGACAGUUUUGGCCAGGAAUGGACGUACGAACAACGCAAGAUUCUCGAAUACACUUGCCACACCGCUUUCUUCGUCAGCAUAGUGAUCGUUCAAGCGGCCGACGUCAUGAUUUGCAAAACACGCAGGAACUCUCUUUUCCGCCAGGGCAUGAACAAUUGGGUCCUCAAUUUCGGGAUACUGAUCGAGAUAGCGGUGGCCUGCGUCGUUUGUUACGCGCCUUACAUGGACGAAAUCCUCAGAACCUAUCCGUUGAAGUUCCAAUGGUGGCUACCUGGAGUACCUUACGCCAUAAUCAUUCUGAUCUAUGACGAGCUCAGGAAACUUUGGAUCAGAAGACAUCCUGGUGGAUGGUGGGACCGCGAGACUUGUUAUUAA